AUGUCAGACGGCGGUAACAUCAAGCCAAGGUCAGCAAGGCUAGCUGCUUCGGCCGGCCUGUCGCCCUAUGGACGCGCAGGUGCCCCUGGCCCUCACCCAAACACAGACCCCUACGAAUCGCUGCGUGCCCGCGCGCUGUCCACCCUCGAGGCCAUGGGCUUCGACCCAGACACCAUGGUAGAGCAUGCCAUCCUCUGGGCUGAGCAUCAGGACCCGUUCGGUCACGUAAUGAACGCCCAGUUUGUGUCAUUCAUGGGCGCCAGUUGGAUCCGCGUCAUGGAGAGCUACGACGAGUUCCUCUCCACUGAGGAGCUCGCCGGUGUCAUGAACGGCAAGACGGUCGCCCCCAUGGUCCGCAGAUUUGACCUCGAGAUCAAGCGCCAGGUCAAGUACCCCGAUGUGGUCAUUGCCGCUUAUCGGCAGGAAAAGAUUGAGCCCACUCGCAACGGCGGCACCACUGUGCUCUUCUCGCUCCAGCAACAGGCUAUUGUGGCCCAGAUCAAAGGCACAACCACAUACGUAGACGUCAAGACUGGUCGCCCCAAGGAUAUUCGCACUCUCGGUGGCGGCUUUCCAGCCUUGUUCGACGGAUUCACCAAGAAAUCCGAGAGGGCCAAUGCUCUCCGCGAGAAGUGGGAGCUGGAACACCCGACCAAAGCUCCUAGGGCAAAAGUUUGA